AUGCCUCUUUCCACCGCACUGCCACCGAAGCCCGUUUCCGAAGCGGCGGGUGUUGUCCGCUGGCUCAUGCCCCCUCCUCGCCGACCAAUCAGGCCUCGCAUCGCGGACGUCCUUCCAAGGGGAUUGAACGAGAAUUCUGAGCGCAAACCGCUACCGCUCCCAGUGCUUGUCCGUCGGUUGGCCCAGAGGAGACGCCCCCGGGCGGGGUGGGGCAGGCGGGCCCCCGUCGGUGCCAGAAGGGGCCGGGGGGGAGGUGCUUCCCGCGCGGAGGAGCCCAGGGGCGCGUCCCAGGCCAGCAUCUCUUGCCCUGGGGGUAGCUGCCCGCCGAGUGGGCGGAAGAGCGGCAGGCAGGGGAUGGAGACUGGGAGAUACCCUGCUGGAGGAGGCGGGGUGGGGGAGGCGGAGAGAGCGCGGAGGCGGAGGCUGGCAGGGGGCGCUGGAGGCUGGAGCCGCCCGUGCGCGCCUUGCGCCCUGGGGUGCCGAAGACACUGA